CCGGGCAAAAAACGAGUCUUUUCUGCCAUACAAUUGCGAAGACUUGAAAAGCUAAGAAUUCCCACAAAUCUCGCUCCAAAUGAAUUGUCUACUGAACAGAAGUCAGCCUUCGCUCGGCUUAAUAUAAACCCGGAAUCUAUUACUUGGAAUCGAGUUAUGGACGUAAACGAUAGAUAUUUGCGUCAAAUCACUAUCGGAGAGGCGCCCACAGAGAAGGGCUUUUCAAGAAAAACACAAUUUGAUAUAUCAGUUGCGAGUGAAUUGAUGGCAAUUCUGGCGCUUUGCGAUAACUUAGGCGACGCUAAAGAAAGGAUUGGACGGAUAGUUGUCGCCUAUUCUAAGGAUGAAAAACCGGUUCCCAUCACUUGCGAUGAUUUAGGAGUUACCGGUGCUGUAACCGUUCUCAUUAAAGAUGCAGUAAAACCCACUUUAAUGCAGUCAUUGGAAGGAACGCCUGUCUUUGUUCACUGUGGUCCAUUUGCUAACAUAGCACAUGGUAACUCAUCAAUAAUUGCCGACAAAAUUGCUUUGGAUUUAGUGGGAGAAAAGGGUUACGUUUUGACUGAAUGUGGAUUUGGCGCUGAUAUUGGAUUUGAAAAGUUUGUUAACAUAAAGUCUAGGACAUCAGGCAUAUUCCCUGAUUGUGCUGUUUUGGUGGCCACUGUUCGGGCCCUUAAGAUGCACGGCGGAGGACCUAAUGUCACGCCCGGAGCCACUAUUCCU